AUGCCGGCACAGGAGAGCGAUCCUGAGGAUUGCCAUUCGGUGGAGGAAGAUUGCGCUGAAACUGUGAACUUCAACAACAUAUUCAAACUUAACCGCAGUGUGAACACGGAAAAACAGGCACCAUGGUUCGGAAAUUAUUCCAAGACCGCUACAGUUACAUGGGGUAAGCAAACUUUUGUGCCAGAUCCAUUCUUCCAUGGGGGUCGUCCCGUCUACGCUGGCCCCAAUGGUUACUACUUGUUCUAUGGAUUGGAAACCAAAAAUUGGAUGGUUGGUAAGAACAUCAAGUCGGCGCGUGCGCACAACGGCCCCGAGUUGGUUGGAAGCUGGAUGCCUGAGUCCUACGCCUUCGAUUACCACAUGCAUACAAAGUGCCCAGAGAAUACCAAAGGCUGGAAGAUCCCCAAGGCAGGCUUCGACUACUUGAAAUCGAAGGACAGCACGAUCGCUGUGACGGAUCCCAACGCGGCCGAGGUCCAGAGUUUCGAGUCCUUGGCAGAGUACAAGAAGCACAAGAGGUUCAAGAUCCUAGAGUUGAAGCACCAGCGGGCCAAGAAGCGCAGGAUGGCUAAGAUGGAGGCUGCCACCGAGGACGAGACGGCCACCGCGGACACCACUGCUGUCGAGCAGCCGAAGGAGCUCGAGGAGGCGAAGGCGCCCACCGAGACGAAGUCUGAUGCCGAGACGCCCCAGGCUGCCACCGCAGACGAGUCGGCCACCGCGGCCAGCACCACUGCUGUCGAGCAGCCGAAGGAGCUCGAGGAGGCGAAGGCGCCCACCGAGACGAAUGCUGAUGCCGAUGCUGCCCAGGAAGCCGUGAGCGAGUUCAAGAUGGUCCUCGACAAGACGACUGGUCGAAAGCUUGGCAUGAAAGUGAGCAAAAAGGACGGUGUUACUCUGCAGAUUACAGGGGUGACCGGAGAUCUCGUCGAGCAAUGGAACACUGACCACCCUGAGUUGGCAGUCUACCGCGGAGACAGUAUCGUCUCAGUGAACGGCAUUGUCGGUGACUCGCAGAAGCUUUCCGAGGAGUGCAAACAGAACAAGGUGCUUGAGCUGGUGGUCAAGCGCGGCCAGGCUGACAGCGCGGACGAGGCGGACGAGACGGCCACUGCGGACGCAACCACCGCGGGCGAGGUGCAGCAGGAAGCGCCCCAGGCCAGUAGCCUGGUGGCCACCAGGCAGAAGCUCGAGGCCUCCCUCAGAGCGCUCCCCAGCAUCCCGGAGGUCGCUGCGGCGCGUCAGGCCCUGGAGGAUGAGCUGGACUAUGUGAACUCCAAGAAGUAG